GCUGCUUCUACGCUACUACCUAUGACCAGAGCUGCUUGGCUCGAGACCGAAGCGUUGUGAGCUUUGACUGCUUGCUGCACCGUCUUCGGAGCUUCAAUUGAUAUGCUUGCCAUCUCGAUCGGCACGUCUGCCAUAGCGGCCCUCUAUUCACGCUUAUCGGUCUCAGUGUUCAGUGCGGUAGAAGCUCCAUCCUUGAUGGUCGCUUCAAUCGGUGCGGCCGGCGCCGCGUCUCACUUGACCUCCUACCCUGGCCUGGAUGCAGCCUGCUCGCCUUCAGUCCCUUCGAUCGGUGUAGCGGUCUGUGGCCGUACGGUUGUUGCGCUCGCGCGUUCAGCAACGGUAUCUAACGCGCUCAGCAUCAUUGCGUGGAAAUUUGCGGUUACCUCGAAAUCUUCAGCUUCGAGCUCUUGCUCAGACUUGAUCUUUCCAGCGGCGGGCUAUUGCUCGAAUUUGGCCUUUUCGGCAGCGAGCUCUUGUUCAAACUUGGUCUUUUCGGCUGCUCUUUGCAGGCGUUCGAAAUUCCGUGGUUAAAGCACAGUUCCUUUCUUCGAGAUGCUUCUUUCACUGCUAGUGAACCGGUGAUGGAGCUCUCCCACUUUUCCAUUCUGGCGUAUUUGCAUCACAACAAUGGGAAAGCGGAAGGAGUUUCUGCCUUGAUCGGAAAGGCUUAGAUCGGCACCAGGCUCCCAAGUCACCAGCCAUGCCAUUCAUUGGAAUGAUUGU